UUUAUGACUACGAAGGGAUGAAAUGGUUUGGUUUUGAAUCACUGGAAAUUUUUAGCAGAAACUCCUUACUGGUAUUUAGUAUACCGUUUUUCUUUCUUUUUUUAUGGAAAUGGUUUAUUUGUUUUUUGCAAAUGCAGAAAUGGAAACUGGGAACCAGCUGAAUAUUUCAUAAGACUUGUAUGGAAAUGUAGCUGAGGCGGCUAUUUUACCAUAGUGCAUUUAUUAGUAUCUUGAGACACAGAAACCACUUUGAUCUGUGCCUGCAAUUUGUUUCAGUUUUAAAGUGGACUAUGUUUAUCUUUUAAAGUGUUUUCUUUUUUAGUAUGGUUUAGUAUAGUUUAUUCUGCUUCCUGGUGACUGUUUAAUAUAGGAAUAUUUAAUAUACAUCUAUUGGACCAUCACUGGGAUAGCAAAACUUUGUUUGACAAACAGUGUCAAUUUUACCUGAUAGAUACAGUAAAGAAAAAAAAAACUACAGUGACCAUGCAGAGCCUUGUCAUUGACUACGGGCUCAUAUUCGCUUGUACCUGCGGUGUGAUCUUGGGGAUUGGGUUCUGCGCCAACCUUCUGGUGUUCCUGCUCUUUGCCAAAUACAACUCCUUCCGCAAGAACCGCCUUGAUCUGCUCCUGUUGAGCAUGGCGCUGGCGGACUUCCUUACCCUGCUGCUGGUACCCUUCACGCUCCAAUCUGCCGUCAGCUACAGCUGGUCGCUGGGGAACACCUUCUGCAAGAUCUACCAGUUCAUCCUAGCCUUCUCCCUGGCGGCCAGCACCUAUUCCCUUUGCGCCGUCUCCAUCGCUAGGGCCAUGAUCAUCAUUAAACCCCAUCGGCCCCCUGAGAUGAACUUGGUCAUCUUCAUGCUGGUCCUGGUCUGGGCUUUGAGCUUCUUCAUUAGUUUCCCCCUCCGGAUCUUCGCCACCAAAAACACCUACUGUCUGCCCACCAUCCAGGAACACCACUACCAGGUGGUUUUUGCCCAGUUUAUUCUCUAUUAUGUGCUCCCCAUGCUAGUGAUUGCCUUCAACUACAUCCGCCUAGCUCUCUUCCUCCACAAGAGUCCCAUGAUGUCCCUGGCCAGCUCCAGGAACACCCGCAGAGCCUCCAUCUUGAUUUUUCUUGCUGCCGCCACCUUCUCAGUAUGCUGGCUUCCAGGCUAUGUGCUGGAGCUGUGCGUCUAUCUAGGACUGUACCGCCACAAAGCAGUCUGGGACAUGUUCUACUUCGUCUGUACCGUCCUCCAGAAUCUGCACCCUUGUGUAAACCCGGUGCUGUAUGUCUUGCUGUCCAAGCGGUCCUGGCACAAAAGGGUCAGAUGCCUUCUGAACUGCAAUAAAACCAAAGUGCAGCCUCACAUCAUUAGUGUGACAGAGAGGUUGCAGACCAACUGAGCAAAUCAAAAAAGACUCACGGCCAGGCAGAAAGUCUUCAUU